AUGCCUAGACCAAAAACCAAAAAAGUUCGAUUUGCGUUGCCAACCGAAAAUCAGAUCACGUCCAUUCCACCGGAUAUUCCAUCGAGAUUCGCGGCUCCACUUCAUAUCAGUGACGGUAUAAGCAUUGCUAUUACAAGCCUUCAAAAUGCUGAAGUAGAUUUAAUCUUUUCUAUCCAAGUUUGCCUUGAAUGUUUUGAUCAAAUCUUUACUCAACAGCAAAUGCAAGAAUUUAAACUAGAGUAUAUCCACAUGAUAUUAGAUGAAACCGAAAUUUAUUUUGAAUAUGGGGGCGAAAUCCAAUCUUUACUACUUCGUGAAACCAAAGAACAAGCAUUCCACUAUCAUAUACAGGCAUUGUACCACUUGGCCAAGAAUGAUUUGGAAAAAAGUGCUCUGAUUGGUGCUAAAUCAUGUAUUAAGCUUAUUACUAUCCAAUUGUUAGGGAACGCCAAACAAAAUAAAUAUAAAUGUUGUAGCAUUAGUCUUUGCUUGAUUAAUGGAAUUGGUAGUGCUAAUUACAGAACGCGUGCUAAGUGCAAUGGAAGAAGUUCAAACGAUGUCCAGAAUCAACUUUUUAAUAUCUAUGUGAGCUAUAAAUAUGAUACCAAUAGUCUAAUAUUUUAUAAAUUGACCUCUAUGUACAAAACUUCCAAUAUUUCCACGUAUUUUUUUGGAAAAUCAAAUCUUGAUAUCAAAAGGAUAGAAGUUGACUCCAAUAAGCUCUCAACAUUAGCUUUUACAGGAUUGGGAAAAUUAACUAUAGAAGGAUACGUAAGAAUUCUCAGUAAACCAAAUCGUGAGACUCUGAAAUUUUUAAAAAAGCAAAAUUGUUGCUAUAUGAUCAUAUUUGAUAAGGCCAUUCUUAUAUGUUCAAUCGUAGAGAAGAGUUUGUUUUUAGAAUACCAAGUUUUAUUACAGGACUGCAUAAUUACCGAUGAGAACGAUUUCGAAUCAUUUACCAUCACUGAUCAGUCACAGUCAGAUGAAGUAUGGACAAUGCAAAUAGUAGAAGAUGGAGAUGACUGGAUUGAAUGGCUAUAUAAUCAUAUUAAUUAUAGAGAGAAGUUACGCCUAUCCCAAGGUGAAAACUUGGUAAAUGACACUGAAGAAGAUGUUGAAGCUUCGAUCGGGUAG